UCAACGUUAACAGUCUGUUGAUAACUCGCGGCACAGUAAAUCUUUUGUACAAUUGAAGCCGCAGAAAAAUGAAAUUCCAUUCAAAUCUGGAUCUUUACCUGAUUGGCAUGUUCAGUCUAUGCCUGGUCCAACCGCUGGUUACACAAAUUACACGUCCUAGCCAAGGUCCCAACUACUACUCUUCCUACAUUCGUCAUGCAGUGUGCCGUGCAACGGAUCCCAUCAAGUAUCCAAAAACUGUUGAAGACAUUGUUGCUAUUGUCAACGAAGCAAUCGACCGUGGCGUUAAAGUAAAGGCUUUCGGCCAACGUCACUCAAUAACCGACGUUAUUUGUACCGACGGCAUACCGAUCGAUAUGCGAUCGUUCAAAUCAGUUGAAAUGAAUGCAGACGAAACAAGCACAUUCGGUGCAGGAGUGACUGUGCAGGAAGCCGGAGAUUUUCUGUUACAACACAAGCGGGCACUUAAAGUUCUUCCGGCUUAUGGCAAUAUUACGCUAGCCGGAGCAAUCGGAACUGGAGCACAUGGCUCUAGCAUAAAGUUUCAUUCAUCGCUGUCGGCUCAGGUCGCCCGAAUGACCAUCGUAAAUGGUCUCGGUAAAGUGAUGGUGAUUUCGAGCCGCGAAGAUUUGCGUUCGUUUAAAGUACAUCUCGGUCUUCUUGGUAUUAUCGUCGACGUAACACUAAAUACCGUUCCAUUAUACAAAUUAAAAAGUCACACCGCUGUCGCAUCCGACGAGGUACUUACCAAUGGUGAAGCAAUUGGAUGGGCAAAAGCGUCAGAUCAACUGACUCUGUAUUGGUUUCCAUCAAUUUCUGAGAUUGUUAUCAGCAAUAUGUCUGUUGUACCGGCGGAGACAGUGGGCGACAUUAAGUUAUUUAUGUCUACCACAUUUGAAUCAAAUGUGCUGAACACAAUAUACAAGGAGAGUGCUUUCAAUUUGUCUGCCAGUGAUUGCACGGCUGCAUCUACACUUGGGAAGAAAAUGCUGCACUUCUUGGAUAUGCGGUUUAGGACUCAAUUGUCUCCCGACACAGUCUGUGAACGGCAGACACCAACCAACGAUACCGAAACAAAUCCCAUUGUUGGCUACCCACAUGACCUUCUCUCCGCAGUUUGUGGUGAGGACGAUAAAAUAUCAGCCUGUGCGUGGUCUCAUCCACAACCAUAUUCUACAGAAACGUUGGACAGUGAAUUUGAUUUUCCGCUCGAUGAUAUGCCGGAAGUUGUUCGUACGAUAAAGGACAUUGUCGAGAAAACUUCGACAGCUUUCCCUGCUUAUGGGAUAAUUUUACGAUUUUCGAAUGAAAGCGACAUUUACAUGUCGACAUCGUAUAAGAGGCCCUCUUGUCAUUUGGAAUUCCAACUCUGGAAGAGGUCAGACUUCUACAAUGAAGCGUCGGGAAAUUUAGCUGGCUAUCAGACAAUACUGCAAGCAUUGUCGAAACAGUUCAACGCUCGAUCGCACUGGGCCAAAAGUGGGCUGGUGUAUCACAGCAGUUCGAUACUCGAUAAAAAAUUGAAUUCGUUUGCUCGUCAACGCUUCAUCGCCGCUAUGCAAAAGUACGAUCCCAACGGGAUUUUCCUGAACAAUUUCGGGCGCCGCCUAAUGAACAAGGAUACCGAAAUUGAUUUCGAUCCCUUAACGACACGAUGCGCUCUGCUAGACAAUUGUUUCUGCUCCAACAGCUCGGAUUGCGGAGGGCAGCAAAAUUGUACGUCAAUUUCCGGAUACAAUUAUCCCGUUUGCCAAACGAGAAACAUUGUUGCAACACAAUUUGAACGACACGACUAUCCGGCCACUUUCGAAGUUGGACAUUGGUUUUUUAACAGCUUUCCACCGUUGGUUCGCUCAUUGACCUGUUAAAAUUCCCAAAAAUAUUCCCUAGGUCAGGUGUCGGGCACGCUGAUCUUCUUCACCUUUCCCAACGACAGAAAAACGAUGUUAAGUGCUGAGCGUUCACAUUCCAUGCAAUUUUAAUGAGAGAAUUCUUACAAACCUAAAGCGUUUACAAUUCAAAAACUUAAAACUAAAAUUAACAAAUGCAUCAAUAAAAGGCGUUAUCACAACCAUCA